AUCGAUUGUCGGCUGGAAUGUUGAAAAUGAAAACGAAGCUCAACUUGAAUUUGAAUUUUCUGUCAAUAAAGUUACACUCAAUGUUGAUAAAUUCAAUCAACAAAUAUGUAUCUCUGAUGACAAGAAACUUGCGUAUAUAGAUAAUUAUGAUAGUUUGAAAUUAUGCGAUAAAAUGAAUGAUGGCAUAAUUGAAUUAGAUUUUCACAAACACAGGGGCAUUGUUGCUUUGUUUUGUGCUUUUAACCUAAAUGAUGAACUUAUAUUAUACAAUACGGAUGGGAAUAAAGGGAAAUAUUUUAUUUGUAUUUACUCCUUACAAAGUAAAAAUAACAAAUAUAAGUGCAAAAGAAUGUACUGGCUACCAAGAGAAAAUAAACAAGUUAGCAUAUCCAGAAGUGAUGAAUUUUAUUUAUUUUCAAAUAAUUCCAUUUAUGAAUUUAAUCUUACUACUGAAAAAAUGAUAAAAAUAUUUG